AUGCAGAUGGCCGAUUGUCCCAGCAUCAAAGGGAAGGAUGGGGCUCGUGUUGGCAGAAUAGAUGCUUUCGUUCAGAGCUUGGACAAAAAUUUUAUGGUUCCAGUAGGUGGCGCUAUAAUUGCUGGCUUUAAUGAUUCCUUCAUUCAGGAAAUCAGCAAGAUGUAUCCAGGAAGAGCUUCAGCUUCACCUUCUUUAGAUGUCCUUAUUACUUUAUUAUCACUUGGAUCAAAUGGCUAUAAGAAGCUAUUAAAAGAAAGAAAGGAAAUGUUUUCAUAUUUGUCCAGCCAACUAGAGAAGCUGUCAGAAUGCUACAAUGAAAGACUGUUGUAUACACCUCACAAUCCCAUAUCUUUAGCUAUGACACUUAAGACACUAAGCGAACACCGGGACAGAUCUGUCACUCAGCUUGGCUCAAUGCUUUUUACCAGACAGGUUUCUGGAGCCAGGGUUGUGCCUCUUGGGUCUGUGCAAGCCGUGAGUGGCCACACCUUCCGAGGCUUUAUGGCACAUACAAAUAAUUACCCUUGCGCUUACCUCAACGCUGCAGCAGCCGUUGGAAUGAAGACACAGGAUGUGGACUUGUUCGUGAAGAGACUUGACAAGUGUUUAAAGACAGUAAGAAAAGAACAAAAUAAAGAGAGUAAUGCAUCUGCAGUUGAAAAUUACAACAAAACUGAAGAUGUAGAUAUUGAAGAAAUGGCCUUAAAACUAGAUAAUGUGCUUCUUGACACGUCCCAGAAUUCUUCAUGACAUGUGUAAGGUUUCUUUUUGACUAUUUGAAAGAAGUGAUGAGGCUACAGUACAAACAAAGCAGUUUAAAGAUAGGGCUUGAGGUUUUGGAACUGAGAAUGUCUUGGAGGAUUUGGAGGAUAUUUGGUCGAGGUACAGACUGGGGUCUGAGCUAGCCAUCUGAUGACUUGCUAUUUUUUUUAUUCUUAGACUGCCUCAAUUAUUAUGUUCCUUAACAGAUAAAACUACCAUUAGGAUUUUUCUAAUUGUUAGAAUAUUUGUCAAUUAAGCGUUAUGAUUCAGAUCAUUCUUACUAGCGUGACAAGUAAAAUUACUUCUAAUUCUUUUUGAAAUGUGUAAAUUGUUUCUUCCUGACCAUUCUCUACCAUUCACAAAUGACUUCUGUUUCUGGUCACAGAGAAUUGAGAAAGAUCCACUACUGCUAUUUACAAGAUGUUGGUGUCUGUAAGUCACAUUCUGCCUGUGAAAUGGUCAUUCCCCAGGGAAGCAGAGUCCAGCGUAAGCUUUAGCUUUCACUUAGUGGUUCUCAGCCGGGGAUGAUUUGCUUAUAUCUAAGCAACACCUGGGGACAUUUUUAGUGCUCACAACCUGUGGCGUGCUCUUGACAUCUAGAGCUGGAGGCCAGGGGUCCUGCUGCUCAACAUCCCACAGUGGAUGAGCGGCUUUCUGGAACACAGCCCCAAAUCUCAGAAAUGCUGAGAAGGAGAAAUACCACCAUAACCCAACUCCUCAAGCAAAGUUUCCCACAGCAACUUUCCUUAUUCAGUAGUGCUUCAAAGAAGAAAGCAUUAAAUGUUACCAAAUUAUAUAGCGUUAGAUUCUUAAGUGAUAAGCUGGGCUGCCUGUUCUAAACCUGAGAUUAUAUGGCAUUUGUGCGUUUUUCCAUUUGGGCCAGUGAAAGCUUUCUCCCACUGUUUCUGCUCUAAGCAGGCUUUGCAUACUGGUUAGUUCAGGUGUUAUGCACAGCCAUUAUCAAGAGUGGUUAACUUGGGUAUUUGGGGAUCUGUUUUUGCUAGGAAGGUGAAAAUGAUGUAGUAGGAUGAACAGGUGUAUUUGCCUCCUCCCCCCUCCCACACGCUCACUUUCUUAGUCUGAUAUUCCAGACUUACCGGCUGUAACAAUUUUUGUUGUUUAUGUUUUAAGAAAUAGACUAAUGCCUCCAAGCCUGAGGAAUGAGCGAAGCUUUUGAAUACGCCAAAAUGCCAAAGCCAUAUUCCUCAAGACCUGCUCGCUGGAGCGGUGUUUCUAUGAGAUGCUCACAGGGAUAAAGUAUUCCAUGGGCAGAUCAUUUUGGGCCUUCGUAAACCUGCCUAUCAGCACAUUAAAGGCUCUGAGAAUUCCUUGGAAAUUAACUUAAGUGUGCCCUUAUCCAAAUGUGGCACCCUUUUCUCAACUAAAAACUUACUGGCAUCCCACUGAACAUGCUUUCAAAAACACUGCAGUUGAGAAUGCGGCCUUGGUUUCUGGGUUGUGUUUUUCUCUGUCACUUGCUGGUGUAAACUGUCUCACAUACGAGCUCAGACAGAUACCACCCCUGUCAGUGCGUAAGUUAAAAUACUCUAACCCUAGCUUGACCUCCUUGGACGUCAUAAAGUUUAAUUAUCAAUAUUGUAAAGGUUACUUUUAAGUUAAUUAUUGUAUUUGGGG